AUGAAGACACGAAAGUGCUGCUGGACGUGCACAGACACACAUAAUAUCAAGCUCUGGUCUUCAUGGUUGAUAAUUGUUCUAGUUCAAAACUUUGCCUACAGGUCACUGGUUACAUUUGGUCAAAAUACCUGGAAAAUUCGAAACGCGCUCAUGAGCAUGGCCCUAGCCAAAGAUUCGAAUUCCGGACUUGCUCUUCUCAAUGCAUUACUUUCUUAUGCUUCACUACAUCGCCAUGGGCUCAAUGAACAAGCCUUGAAGCUAAAGAUACAGGCAAUUCACUAUUUAUCAGCCUCAGUGACCAGCGAGGCCUUGAUCUUGGGGAGAGCGGCGCAGCACGUGGCCGCGUCUAUGGUUCUUGGAGCCUUUGAGAUAAUGCAACCUUCGGAAGGCUCGGGCGAGUGGCUUUUGCACACAUGGGGGGCUGUUGACAUGAUUCACGCCACUCGUCUAAGGGACGAACCGCAUGACAGCGACGUUGGUCAAUUGUUGAGCUGGGCUUACUAUCAUGAGACCCAAUCUCGGUUCGCUUUGCACCAUUGGCGCCAUAAGUCUUUCGUUCCUACGACAUCAGUCAAGCAGAACCCAAUACUUCAAAAUCCCCAGUAUCCACCCUUGACGAGAUAUAGACCCCCCUGGCAGAACUUACCGCCCGUGAAUCCGACUUAUGCGAUUCUCAACCUGCUUUCCGAGGUUUGCGACACGCUAGUAGAUCCUCGGGAUCCUCGAAGUCAGGACGAAAGUUACCAGAAUCAGCUCAAGGACCUUGGCGGAAGGGUUCGAGAUGUCUCUGUCAAACCAGCCAUCCCAUCGGCUUCAGAUCCGGAGGCCGCCUUCGCUAUCGAACUGUACCAGAUGGCGACUCAGAUCUAUCUUGUACGAGCCUCGCAAAGCCCAUGGGAACCCCCUGCGGACCUUGAUGCUCUGGUGGAGGCGGCUUUCGCGGGACCUGUUCAGUCAUGCACCUGCGAGCACUUCUUUCCUCUACUGAUUCUUGCUUGCGAGGCACAACGUGACGAACAGAGGAUCGGCAUCAUCAAUCUGAUCGAAAGAACCCAAAGAGAUGUUCGAAUACGAAGCAUACAAGCAGUCAAGAAUACCAUACAGUCCAUUUGGGUGCAGCAAGAUCUGCACAAGGAUGACGAUGUGUUGGUGGACUAUCUUGGCACCUUGAGUUCGGCGAUCAGCUCCAGCAAUACAGUACCAUCAUUCGCAUAG